AUGAUGGGGCUUUGUUACUGCUAGAAUCUAGUGUCUUUGCGCAUUUUCUUGUUGAUUGCUCUAGGAAUAAUGAACUUUCAGGCGGCUCUGUUAGUCACACUUGUGGGAAUUGUGGCAUCUGCCCCAAUCUCUGACAAAAUGGACACUAUUGAACAUGCCCACAGUUUAACCAACAAAAUUCUACAAGAUAUUGUUUUAACUCAUGAAGUCUGGGUAGACCAGAAGUCAAUGAUUUUGGGCAACAGAACGACUAUGGAAGAACUGGGCUACUUGAGAGACGAAUUUUUGAAGAUACCCCGUGCCCCAGUUCUUCAGAACAUCUCCACUAUCUCCAGCAUGGAAACCUGCCUUGCAAAAAUAGUAGAAGGACUGCAGCUACAUCUGGAUCUCUUAAAAAAUGUCGGCAAUCAAAUCACACCGACUGAGCAAUACAAAGGUCUUAAAGCAGAUAUUCGAGACCUUCUGCAUCAAAUCAAAAAGUUGCAGAAACAGGCAGGAUUUGACGCAUCAGACAAGCAAUUACAGGCCUCCAUGCAUGAUCCGCCAAGCGAGUACUAUAUCCAGGUGGCGGCCCACAUCACCCUGCAACAACUUCAUGACUUCAGCUCUGACGUCCUCCGCAGUAUCCUCAGUAUUCAAAGUAUGAUGGCACCCUGAGAGAACCCUGACAC